AUAAAUAGUUUUGCAAUGAAAUUCAUGAUGACCACUAAAACAAAUGAUAGUCUUUGGAAAGAGGGUAAAUUUUCCUAUACUGUAAUGACUUGUGGGCGACACUCGAUUGUUCCGCAAGGACCGCAACAUGGUCAGUGGAUGCCAUACUAGAUGCUUCCACAGUAGCAGCAUCAUAGUAUGAUGACAAUGUUUAUGCCAGGACAUGGACAUCAUGUCCCGCAACCACUCGCUAUGACUGGUGGAGCACUACCGGAUAGUGCUUACCCGGAUGCUCAACUAGCGGUUUCGCCUACUCCUUUGAUGGGAACGGUGUCAGAUACGCAGGCAAUUGGUCGUAAAAGGCAUGCUUCUGGUGAUGUGGUUGAGAGGAUGGUUGAAAGGAGGCAGAAACGGAUGAUUAAGAAUCGGGAAUCUGCUGCACGUUCACGACCUAGGAAACAGGCAUAUACCCAUGAGUUGAAAAACAAAGUUUUACGGCUAGAAGCGGAGAUCGAGAGGCUACAAAGGAUGAGGGAGGCGGAGAAGGUGUUGCCAAGUGUUCCCCCUCCUCAGCCCAAGUUCAAGCUUAGACGAACAAGUUCAGCGCCUCUCUAGGAUUUGCUGACGAGCAGUUGUUCGGUGCAAAUGCAAAAUCGAGGAUCAAAUUUGUACGAAGUUUUUAGUGUUUACAACUCGUGUUUCUCUCUCCCUCUCCCUUUUUCUCCAUAAAUCUGUCACAGUUCCUUCACUUGCCUUGGAGGGCUGAACAAUGUUUGGUCUAAACUGUAAACCAAACCGUAAUUUGAGUAUUUGGUCUUGUCUACGGUCUAAAUGAUCUGGUCUGGUUUUUUUCAAAAAAAAUUACGGUUUACAGUCUGGUCCCGGUUUUUUAAUUUUUCAGACCAGACCAGACCGUAAACCGUACUUUGACCAAAAACCAUAAUUUUUUUUAUAAAAAACGGGUUUCUACCUAGAUAUUUUGAGAUAUUAUUAUUUUUAUAUAGUAAUAUAUACUUGAAUAAUGU